AUGGAUCAAAGCAUUACUUAUAAUUUAACAAAACCAAGUAUAUUAUUGAUGAAUAAUGUAUACCUCAGCUGGCUUCAAACAAUAUAUUUAAAAGUUCCAAAGAAUGUGACUAUGUUUACGAGAAGAACUUUUUAUGACUCUAAUAAGCAUACUAGUUUCCCUGUUGCUUUUCUUGAUAGCAAUAUCAAACAAUAUAAUGAAACAACAUUGUUGAAACAAAAUCAUAAUAAUUUGAUACCAAAUGAUGCUGGUUGUCUCAAUGUUCAAAUAAUGGUACCACAACAUGAUAGUUUACAAUACUUUAUUCAAUGGCAACGUUAUAGAAAAUAUUGGUGGAGUUCUAUUACUACAACACCCAGCUUAUUUGUUGUUGAUGAAGUGAACUAUGAACAUGAUACAACUCAUGCCAAUAUAACAGCAAAAUUUCCUUGGGGACAGCAUAAAGUUGAGACAAUCACAUUGAGCACUAAAGAAGCUAUUAACAGUGUAUCAACCAUUACCUGUUCAACUUCUUUAGAAAUAGCCUUAUAUAUUAUACUCCAAGAUGGAUUAUGCAAUAGUACAAAAGAAGAGUACCUUAGAUUACAUAGAAAUAUGGCACCUUUCAAAAUAGCAUUUGUAUUAGAUUAUGAAGAUGCUGUUAAUAAAAAAAGAUUGUGUGAACUAGCAAAACUAAUAUAUUCUAAGCUGCAUAAAAGGAAUAUAUCAUCAUUUCUUCCUAACUUUACAUUAACGGCUAAACAGCAAAUAAUGGAAAACCUCCGUUUAGGAGUAACUUACGUGGCUAUACUUUGUGAUUCUACUUUGAAUAAUGGCAUUAUCCAACUGUUAAAUAGCAGUACAAUGUUAAAGGAACAAGUGCAUUUAGCUGAUUUGGAGUCAUAUGCGAGCAUUUUAUGUAAAUAA